CCUCGACCGUCGUACGUUUAUGAAAAACGACAAAGAGAGCAGGAAGUAAACUAUAUACAAGUUGUAAAUUCAAUGAAACUUCAUUAAUGAUAAUUCACGAUAAAUUUUGUUAAAGACCGCCACGACAUGAGUCCAAAUCAAAUGGAAUGGCAUUGAUUGAUUAAAAGAUAAAGAAUAAAUGCCACGAGUUCAAUUCAAGAAGGAAUCUACUUUUGAAAGGUGGCAUGAAUGUGUCAAGUGAGCACCGAUAUGGGAAAGAACUAAAAUUUCAUGAAAUGAUUGAGUUCACAGUGGAGGAAGUGGUAGAAGAAGUCGGUUUUGGAAAAUUUCAAAUAUUACUCCUCUUUGUCGCUGGUUUUUCUUGGAUGGCAGAUGCAAUGGAAAUGAUGAUUUUGGCAAUCUUAGGACCCGUCUCAAGAUGUGAGUGGUUCUUGAAGGCCUGGGAGGAGGCUCUACUAUCUACGGUUGUGUUUGUUGGAAUGUUUGUUAGUUCAGCUCUCUGGGGAAAGAUGUGCGAUCUUUACGGACGAAAAUCAGGAAUUGUAUUGAGCUCAGCGUGGAUAAUGUAUUUUGGAGUAUUGAGUUCUUUCUCCCCCUCGUACAACUGGAUUCUUUUCCUGCGCUUUCUCGUCGGAUGUGGUGUGAGCGGAAUAGGUCAAGUAGUCGUACUAUAUGCUGAGUUUGUUCCGGCAGGAUACAGAGCAGUCACAAUUCUUUCUUUAGGGGGAUUUUGGGCAAUUGGUGGUAUCCUAGAAGUUGUUCUUGCCAUCGUGUUGAUUCCAAGUUUAGGAUGGCGUUGGCUGCUAGCCGUUUCCAGUUUGCCCUUAGUAAUCUUUCUUAUACUUAGCAUGAGUCUACCCGAGUCUCCGCGCUUCCAUGUUGGAGUGGGAGAAAUAAGCAAAGGUUACAAAACGCUUCAGUCAUUGGCUCAAUGUAAUGGAAAAGAGCUGCCAAAAAAUGGAUAUUGUCUUAAAACAAAUACGAUGAAAGAUAGAGGAAGAGUAGCUGAUUUAUUCAGAAAUUCUUACUGGAAAACAACCAUUUUAGUUUGGAUACAAAUGUUUGGAGGUUUGCUUAUUUACUACGGAGUGUUGUUGAUGACACCGACGAUCUUUCAAUACAGCAGAACAAGAAAUUGCGACGAAGUGGUGUUCUUCAACGAUCAUAAUACAAGCAAUCUCAUUGGUUGUGGCUGCAAAUCUUUGGAAAAGGAAGACUAUUUCGCCCUUUUAUUGACAUCGUUUGCUGACAUACCAGGUCUUUUAAUCGUUAUGUUAUUUAUUGAUCGAAUUGGUCGAAUUAAAACUUUAGUCAUCGGAUUCGGAGCAACGUCACUUCUGUUUGGAUUAUUGACAUUGUGUAACGGAGAGACGAUGACAACUAUAUAUAUUUUUGGUGUUCGCUACUUCGCGACGGGUGUUACACAAGCUCUUUACAUCUACAUUCCUGAGGUUUAUUCGACAAAUAUUCGCGGGUUAGGACUGGGCAGUGCUUCAGCAGUUGCAAGAAUAGGAUGUAUACUGACACCAUUCUUAGCUCAGGUAUUGAUUAAAAGAUCUUUACGGCUCACGCUAUUGGUUUACUCCGGUUGCGCCUUCGUUUGCUGCAUGGCAGCGGCUUUACUUCCCAUUGAAACCAGCGGGAAAGGAAUGAAGGAAACCAGCUAUGCAUCCGAGUAACAACAGCUGCAUUAUAAAAUGUUCACCGAAGAGUUUUCGAUCGCAUAAACCUCUCAAUGCAAUUUGUUGCAUCCUUUUGGAGCUAGGUAACCGUAUGAACAGGCAUGCAACGAGUGAAAAAAAUAGCUAACGUCACUUAAAGUACGUUUCCAGUCGAAGCUGAUUCAUGAAGUCAUCAUAAAGAAAAAAUCUCAAUCGAAAAAUUGCGUAUAUAACGACGUAUCUAAUUUUUCACGACUUCAGGUCAAGGAUGUAUUGAAUGGGGACUCAGCGGGCUUAUCCCCCUUCUUAAAAUUUUUUAUCUAAUAUUCGAAGUUGUAAAAAAUAUUAGAGAGCCACUCGUUGUUAAAAUUUAGGCCAAACACCUCUGGCUCAGGUGCAUAUCGUAUUUUUAUAGAUAGUACGUUGUGAUGACAUAAAAACGUAGAAAUUUUUUAUAUAUAGAAUUUUGGCAUUUUCAAAAUGCAAAGAAUUACAAAACUCGUUUGACUAACUUACUUGUCAUAUAUUUUUAUGUAACAAUUGUGUUUUGUAAUUCUCUAUGUUCCUUUGAACACAAUACUUUACACAAUGCUUGUCCUGUGUAGCUUUAAGUUUUCUUGCUUAUAAGUAUAGUGUUUCAUGCGGACAUUUUAAACUUCAAAAGCUGUGCAAAUAUAAUAAUUUAGACUGAGGAAUGGUUGAAAAACUACAUUUAAUUAAGGCAAUGUAUAGCAGUUAAGAGUUUAGGAUAUAAAAAGUUGAAGGAUAGUCAUUUUCGGUAAGAAACAAAUAGACACUGAAAGAAGAAAAUUGAGCAAAGGAAAAAAGAAAACGACGUAAAACUAGCACUUUUAAGAGAGAGUGAGAAAAACCAUUGAGAUCAAAUAUUCAAGCAAAGAUUCU